CGCCCGGCCGAGUCCUGCGCCGCCGCCGCCGCCGCCGCCUCGUCCAUAUCCGACUUCAACCGCCGAUGCCGCCGCCACCCGCACGCCGAGUAAACGCGAUACUACGCCACCACCGACGCUCGUCCUCCGUUCACCCCACGACCACCAACCGUCCCCAACCCGUCGUACGACUUGCCCACUGGCUGGGCCCGUACCUCGUGUCCUCGCCACAGCCGGGUCCGCCGCCAAACGGCCGCCGGGAGCACCGACGCCACCGCCGUUGCGCCACCACACGGCAAUGAUCGCGCCGCCCGGAACUAUGCGCCAGAUGUGUAAAUCGUAAUGCGAAGAUGGUGUGUUCCGAAUGUCCAAUGGUCCCAGUUGGUAUUGUGCGUGACUGUGCUGUUCCUGCUGGGCGGCCUGCACAUUUACAGAGGUCCCAACGGCGGGCCGCUGCAGGCUUUGGACGAAGUGGUCGACGACGAGGACACGUCCGGUUCCACCCGAACGACUCAAGACGAUCGAGCGUACCGGAGACUCAGGUUUCCGAAGACCAGCAGACGAUUGCCUCAGGCGAUCAUCAUCGGUGUGCGGAAAGGCGGCACGCGGGCGUUGUUGGAGAUGUUGUUCCUGCACAAGUCUGUGCAAAAGGCCAACGGCGAGGUGCACUUCUUCGACCGGGACGACAACUACGAACGUGGCUUGGAUUGGUACAGAAGGCGGAUGCCGUACUCGUUCCCCAACCAAAUCACCAUUGAAAAGAGUCCCAGCUAUUUCGUGACACCAGAGGUACCGGAACGCAUCAAGGCGAUGAAUUCGAGCAUUAAGCUGCUGCUCAUCCUCAGGGAUCCUGUGAUCAGGGCCAUAUCGGAUUACACGCAAUUGCACAGCAACCCCUUGGCGAACCGCAGCAGUCGGUCGUUCGAGCAGCUAGUGGUAAAGCCGGACGGUACGGUUAACACCAACUACCGGCCGGUGGCCGUGUCCACUUAUCAUAACCACGUUUACCGGUGGCUGGACGUGUUCCCCAGAGACCAGUUGUUUGUGGUCAACGGCGACCGGCUCAUCACCAACCCCGUGUCCGAGUUGAAUCGCAUCGAGACGUUCCUGGGCCUGGAACAUAGAAUCGGCGCCGACAAUUUCUACUUUAACCGAACCAAAGGAUUCUACUGUCUGCGAUACGGGCCUGUAGACAAGUGUCUGAAGGAUACCAAAGGCCGGAAGCAUCCGGACAUCCAGCCGGAAGUCGUGGCCAAACUCCGGGAACAUUUCAGUCAGCACAAUCAGAAGCUGUACGACGUAUUAGGACAGGACUUUGGGUGGCCGGAGAAGUAACGAAUGGUUUUAGUGGUGUUUUGGGAAAAGGGACGAGUGAGGAUGUCACGGUGGCAUCGUUUUUUUUUUAAAUGUUUUUCGUUUUUUUGGAGUUUUGUAUACAGGGAUACUAUAUAUUUAUAUAU